UUGACCGAGGCGUGUCUGUCAGGAGCCAAAACAAUAAUCGCUGCGCUUCCCCGGGAUACUAGGUUACGGUGGCACGGCAGCUCCUAAGCACACGGAGAGGAAGCGGAUAGUCAGGGGCAGCCGAGAUACACACCGUGCGCACACUAGGCCACGGCGCCCUAAUAAUCUCCAUUCCCGGCCGGUGACAAACACGACCCCCUCCUCUCUGUCAUCUGUUCCUGUGGCCUCCGCACUCCCCGUGUAUCCCCAGCCUGUCUCUUACCCGGCCUCCUCCUCCUCCCUGGUGCUGGAAAAUGGCGGCCUCGGUCUGUGUCAACAUCCAGAUGCUGUUGGAGGCGGCCGAGUAUCUGGAGCGGAGGGAGAGAGAAGCCGAGCACGGUUAUGCCUCCAUGAUGCCUUACAACAGCAAGGAGAGGGAGAACGUGAAGAGGAAAAGCAAGUCGAAAAAGAGCAGCAGUAGCAGGUCAACCCACAAUGAAAUGGAGAAAAACAGGCGAGCACAUUUAAGAUUGUGUCUAGAAAAGCUAAAAGUAUUGGUGCCUCUUGGUCCAGAAUCCAAUAGACAUACCACGUUAAGCCUGCUAACCCGAGCAAAAUUGCACAUAAAGAAACUUGAAGAUUGUGACAAACGGUCGCAGCACCAAAUCGAUCAGUUGCAGCGAGAGCAGCGACACCUAAAAAGGCAGCUAGAAAAAUUUGGGGUGGAAAGGAUACGCAUGGACAGUAUAGGAUCCGCUGUGUCUUCGGACAGGUCGGACUCUGACAGAGAAGAGAUCGACGUGGACGUUGAAAGCACGGACUUUUUAACCGCAGACCUGGACUGGAGCAGUAGCAGCAGCAGCGUCAGUGACUUGGACGAGAGAGGCAGUAUGCAAAGCCUGUGCAGUGAUGAAGGCUACUCCAGCGCGGGCAUUAAAAGGAUACAACUUCAGGACAAUCCCAAAGCCACCAUCUCUCUAUAAGCCGCCAGUCACACAAGGUGAGGGGGGAUUCACACAUCCCAGCAGUUCUCCCCCCGCCCCCCCCGGUUCUCGCACAUCAGAUACUGUCUUAUCUUGCAACUGCUUUCACAACGUAAUCUUGCACGUGAAUUUCCCCCACUCAGACUUUCUCCCAGGUCUUGUUCUUUGCCCCUUUCCCAAAGCUCCUGAGAAGUAUGGUGCUUGCAGUUUACAUUGUAGAUGAUAUACUAUCCCAUUAGCCAGUACUUCUACAGGAGCCUACAUUCCAGCAACACAAUGAAGCACUCAAUGGG